AAACCAUCAUAUGGUACAGGAGAAACAUGUAAGAAUGUACCGUGAUGAAACAGAACUUGCCUCCUUCACAAAUGAUGCUUUUGAUUCUUUCUCUACACAUUUAGAUCUACACAGAGAUGAGCCCUUCUGGCAAAUAUCAGCAAAGCUGACCACUAGAUGGCACAGCCAACAUUUUAUG